AUGACUCAAAUUUACUUGUUGAAUGCAGUUGUUAGUGUUUUUAGAAAACCACAACCGACCACAUCCGACCACAACCAACCACCUGCAGAAUUGAUCCAACUGGACGUCUGCAUGUUCGAACACUUCAACAUCUCCUGUCCCCCUCCAUCAACGUCACUCACUUCAUCAUCAUCCUCAUCACAAUCAACACCAUUCACGCCACCACUCCUAUCAUCAUCAUCAUCAUCAUCCUCUUCUUCUUCGUCGUCAUCUUCGUCAUGGGUGAUGAAAGAUCAGGUGAUAAUAAUGAGCAGGGCAAGGUUGGGUCGUAUGCGAGAGAGCAAAUCCACUUGCGACUUCCCAUUCCCUGACACGGAUUUCUUCUCCGUCAAACCAUGUCCGAAGGAUUUGGCGUCAUAUCUGGAAGUGGCUUACUACUGCUGGACACUCCCUCCACCACACCCUGCCACGCUGGCAUCCACAAGCUCACAUCACUGGACGCAGCAACAAACACCAACCGGCUACAAAUCACUCAAACACGUGACCACCGAGAGUAAACAAACGCCGCCAUCUUGUUUCUGGAUGAUUGAAGCAUUAGAGGGACAGACGAUAAAUGUAACCGCGUUUAAUUUCGCUUCGACUCAACGAAGCUACUACAGCCACGUACAGCAGCAGCAGAGUUUGCAGCACCACCACCAGCCACAACAUUUUUACAACAACAUUGACUCAGCCAUCUCUACUAAUGUUUACGUUGAUAAAACUUGCUCACCAACUGUAGCCACCAUCACUGACAUCAUUAAGAUGAACUUCACCGCCUCUGGUAGCAGUAGUGGUAGUAGUGGUGGUAGCUACAACAACAACAACAACAACAACAACAACAACAACAACAACAACAACAACGACAACAACAACAACAACAAUAGUGGAAGUGAUGGCAGCAGUGGUGGCAGCCACAACAUUCGCGUUUGCAGUGACGACAGACGCGAGAAGUUGGUGCAUUCGUCGAAAAGUCACGCGUUGAAGUUGCAAUUUCAUGGUGGGGGGGAGGAGAUGCUCCUACGCUAUAGAGAUAAAAAAGAACUCAAUGGAAGUUUAUUAAUUAUCUAUGGACUCCCAUUAGCAAUGGUAGAAACGACAAGGUUGAAAAAUAUUUCCAACAAAAUUUUCCUCCAUAAACCGAUGGCGAAAUGA